CAAACGGACUCCUCUAAAGCCGCAGACACGGAAGGAGGAGUCAGAGGAUCGCCCCUUUUAACCAGCCUGUUACCGCGGCACGUCCGUGUCGAGGCCGGCGGAUCGUCACCGCUCCCCGGUCAGGAUGAACCUGUCCGUGUCCGUGACAGCCGAGCCGUGCUGGUACUGCUGCAGAGGCGUCUAGGAUGGCGCUGCUAGGAAAUACAAAACAGCGGUUUACUGACAGCCUGGGGACACUACACAGAGAGAAACCGGGUCUGAUUAAGUUAAAGAGACAUACCAUCUCACUCCGUGCGCCAUAUUCACGAUGCACAUCCUGCAGGAUCCUGGACUGAUGGAUAUCUGGGAAUCACUUAAUAUCCCAAGCUUUUCUUUGGAAUUACAUGUGCAGCCAAUAUAUAAGGCUCCUUUAGUCACUUAUAAGGGACCUAAUUUGAUCUGAGGAUCCAUGCUCUCUCGUGUGUCUGAGUAACCUCUAUACUUCAUUCCUGGAAAGCUGGGAGAAUGCUUGAUAUCAAGAUGAAGGAGACAUGUAGAAUCUGUGGCCGGGAGCUCUGCGGGAACCAGAGGCGGUGGAUCUUCCACCCAGCCUCCAAACUCAACCUACAGGUGCUGCUGUCCCAUGCCCUGGGUCAAGAACUGACCCGGGAUGGCAGGGGGGAGUUUGCAUGCUCUAAGUGCACCUUCAUGCUGGACCGCAUGUACCGCUUUGACACAGUCAUUGCCCGAGUGGAGGCUCUGUCCAUCGAAAGGCUGCAGCGGCUCUUGCAAGAGAAGCAUCGGCUGAAGCAGUGCAUCGGCGGUUUGUACCGGAGGACUAAUCCGCAGGAGGGGGCUGUGACAUUUACUGGAAAUAAUGAAGGGUCUGGAGAUGGAAUGGUGGAUAUUUCAGGUCUAACCCACGCAAAGUACUGUUCCCUGCUCCAGGAGGAUUUGGUCUACUCUUUGUACGAGUCCUGGGCUGAUGAUGGGCUGGACUGCCACCAUCACCACCACCCUCCGUGUUCUGCUGGUCCAGGGUCAGAGGCCACAGGUGCAGGCUCACACCACUGUCGACCCAGCACUCCCAGAUGUCGAGGAUGCUCCUACUGGCGGGUGGCAGACUCUGACUAUGAAGCUGUGUGUAAAGUGCCCAGAAAGCUGGUAAGAAGUACCUCUUGUGGACCAUCAACGAGAUACUCAGCAAGCGUCAUAGGAGGGAGUAUAACAGGUGGAGAAGCGGAGAGAAAGAACGAUUCAGAGGAGGCCCCGUCAUCUCGAACUCUGGUCCCUGGAACUCAGGAUAUUUCCAGGACUUCAGACAGUGAUCGCACACUGGCUGGACAAGCCAGCUGCAGCCCAUCAAUCGCAUCCCUGGAGACGGCCGAAGACACCACUCAAUCUGGAGCAAUGAGAGAUGGAUCACUGAUCUCCCCUGGCGAAGCGAUAGAAGACCAUAUAUCUGACUCUCUGUCUGAGGAGCACAUGGGAAUGACACUGUCCUCACCUGGGCCCAGCCUGUCUCUGACCCUCAGUUUGCUGCAAAGCUAUACAGUCUACCGGCCAGUCCAGCACACUAGAGGAAGCAAACUGCCGGUCCUCAUCCGACGAAGCUCCAGGAAUGGAGCCACGCGGCUGCAUUUCCUAGAUCCUCUACUAGGGAUGCCUUUUGGAGAAAGAGACAACCACAUGCCCACUCCCGAGCUGGAGACCCCUUUGAUCAGGGUGAAUUUGGAAGAGAAUCACAAUCUGAGCUAUGCUGACAUGGAGGAUUUAUUGGAAGACUUGUACAAAGAAUAUCCUCCCCCUCCUCCACAUCAGAGCCUCGUUGAGGAGCAGCAGACUCAACUCAACCAGUACGAAUGUGCAGCGGGUCAGUGCGUCAGCGAGCUGCAAAAGGCACAGCUCCAGGUGCAAUCUCUGCAGGCCAAGAUUCAGGAGAGCGAGGCAAACAACAUGAAGCUACAGGAGAAGCUGAACGAGAUGGAGUGUGAGCUGCGUUCGCUCCGACAGGCGGCUCAGCAUCAGGAAAGAACCAUUCAGGGCCUCACAGAGUCCAUCACUACCAAAGACAGUGAGGCACAGGAGCUGUACCAUCUGAUUGAAGGCCAAAACAACACUCUGUGUAAGCUGCAAGAACUGGCCCACCGUAACCAGCUUGCUCAAAGCCAGACUCCUGCAGGCAUUAGUGAGUGCCUAACACUUGCCCAGCUUCAGGGUGAGUUGGUCAGGGUGCAGAGCUCGCUGUUCUCGCUGGGUCUGGAGUUGGAUGCCAGUCAGAGGAGUCUAAAACAGAGCCAAAGGCAAGGGGACGACCUGCUGAGAUUUAAGGACAGACUGAACUCUGACCUACAAGAAGCACUGCAGCACAGGGAGGUCACCGAAAAACACAACCAGGACCUGCGCUGUGCUCUGCAGAAAAUUCGCUCUGAGCUUCAGACCAAAGAGGUGGCUCUGAAGGAGUCCGAGGCAGAGAAGAUUGCAGCAGCACAGGAGAAAGACAGAAUCAUUGCACAGCUCGAACGUUCCCUGCAGGACAAGGAGCAACAACUGCAGGAGUAUUCUGAGAUGUUGGAGUCGACAAAAAGCUCCAAACCAAGAGAUGCACUGCUGGAGAAGCUGAGAGAGCGGAUUAAAGAGAGAGAUAGAGCUCUGGAGCGCUCCAUAGAUGACAAGUUCUGCUGUCUGGAGGAACGCGAGGGCCAGGUGAGGUCGCUGCAGCUCGCCCUCAGGGAGAAGGAGCGGGACCUGGAGAGGCUCCGCUGCAUCCUGUCCAACAACGAGGAAACCAUCACGAGUUUGGACGCUCUGGUGCGCAGUAAAGAGCUGGAGCUGGAGCAGGCCGCAGAGGCCUACAGGAACCUGCAGUGGCUAAAACAGAAGAGCGAGGAGAAGGAGAAAACUGCUCUGAGAGAGAAGGACACCAUUAUUCACCAGCUGCAUGCGGCCCUGCAAGCACGCACCCAGGAGAUACAGGAUCUAACUACCACGCUUGUUGCCCGGGUCCAGGCUGGUCCCACUGGGGUUGUGGAGGAGCUGAAGGCUCAGCUCGCUCUUAAAGAGAAGCUCUUCCAGGAGCUGCUGUCCGACCGCAGCCAGCAGACUGAUGAACACCAAGCACAGGUCCAAGAUCUGCUCAACACGCUCAGCUCCAAAGACCAGUAUCUCCAGGACUACUCCUACAGGCUUUCCUUAGUGAUCAGUGAGCGCACGAACGAGCAGCAGGAACUUCGCAAACAGUUGACACAGACGGAGCAGGAACUGUAUGAGCUGAGGAGGGAGAAGGAGAGGGAGAUGGGAGGAGAGACGGAGCAUCUACGAAGCCUGCUCAAAGAAAAGGAGGCCUUUAUUAAGGAGCUGAUUCAGAAGCAGGAGGAGGCUGUGCAGGAGGAGAAUGAGGCUGAAAUUAAGGCUCUGAAGGAGGAGAUUCAGCUGGUGCUGAAGAAGGAGAAGGAGGCUCAGAAGGAAAUCUCUGAUCUGCGUUCUUCUCUGGCCCAUCAGCAGAUACAGAGUACAGCGACAGAAGACCGCACUCAUCACAAGGCAAAAUGUGUGCUGGAUCAGCUGGUGUCUGAGUACAACAAGCUGAAUGAUGCCCUAAAGAUAGAAAAGAGGUUAUACCAAAAUCUGACACAGCUUAACAGGAGUGAUGGAAACAACAGCACAGAGAAGAUCCAGACCCUGCACACUGAUCUGGAUUCAGUUCAGGCACUUCGAGGGCAGCUAGAGGAGGUUCUGUCCAGGACCCGUAGCAUGGCCCUGGCACUGGAGCGGGCAGCUAAAAGGCAGCCUGACUUUGGAGAGUUCAGCUCAGAAGACGAGGAGGAGGUAGACGAUGAAGAAAGCAGCAGUGAAGAGUUCACUGACAGCAUAGAGGAGGAUGAUAACAGCCUGAACUCCAUUCAGGCUUCAGCGAAGCCUCAAAGAACUGCUGAUGAGUCUGGACAGCUGGUAGAGGGGACAUUACACUAUAUAAAGCAGCUUGAAGAAGCUGAGAGGGCUCUAAAUGUUCAGCUUGAAAAAGUGCCAUCACAGCUGGAAGAGGAUGAAUACAUGUCUUUAUCUGAGAUGAGGAGUGCCCUGCAGAGGUUGCAGCAGGAGAAUGAGGCUUUGAAAGAAAGUCAGGGACGACCCAGAGCAGUGGGGCAGAGGAGGAACACAGACAGUAAACUGAACCCAGAAGAGGAGAAGGAGGGUGGAAGUGCAGAGGAAGAGGAUGAAGAGUUUGAAUCAUCUCCAGUCUUGUCGGGGAAGCGAGGGCCCCCUUGUGUUGGCAUCGAGUCGGGGAAGAGGCACUGCAUGAGGCCAUGCUCACUGGACCUGACGUCCAAACAAGCUGAGACGACGAUAGAGUCCACCAGUGGCAGCAGUGAGCUGGGAGCAAUUUGGCAGGAUAUAGAGGAGGGUCUCCGGGAUCAGGCAGCUCGUCUGCUCUCAGACCUGACUCUGAGCCUCCAGGAGAACAGAGAGCUAAAAGAGAGAUUGAUGGUGUCCGAAGCCACUGUCCAUGCUCAGGCUGAGCAACUCAAGGACUACAGAGAUCUGCUAACAGAGACAUCUGUGCAGCAGGCCAGUAAGCAGGUGCAGGUGGAUCUUCAGGAUCUAGGCUACGAAACUUGUGGGCGCAGUGAGAACGAAGCAGAGAGAGAGGACGCCAGCAGUCCAGAGUUUGACGACUUGGAGAUGUGCACAUCACUGUCCCAACCACGGGACUGUGAAGGCGUGGGUGGCAGCUGGUACACUGGGAACUGUAGCAGUAACAGAGGAGCUUAUGACAUGGAGGAUGAGUCUGCAUCACUCCAGCAACUUGUGCAGGAUCUGCGCUCUCAGCUUACCCGCUGCCACAAGGUGAUCCGUGGACUCCAAUUACGAGUUCGCUCGUUGUCCGCCACGAGCGACUACGCCUCCAGCCUGGAGCGCACGCCCCGCAAGGUAAACUGGGCGUUUGAGAGAUCAGCAGGCCCCAGUGGAGUGGAGGAUGAUGAAGGUUGGCUGUCAGACACGCAGAGAGUUCGCCCCAGCUCCAGGCCUAGCAGGGAGCUGCUGGAUCUUAUGGAACGUGUUGCAUCACUUGAGGCUCAGCUGAAAACCACUCCUGCAGAGGGCAAAGGUCAAGCAGAAGAGGGGAAAUGUGCCACCUGGCCUGGGAAGUAUAACUCUCUGAUCCAGGCACAAGCUCGUGAGCUGUCCCACCUCAGGCAGAGAAUGAGAGAGGGCCAUGGGGUCUGCCACAUCCUGACACAACACCUGGGAGAUACCACCAAGACUUUUGAAGAGCUCCUGCGGGCCAACGAUGUUGAUUACUACAUGGGUCAGUGCUUCAGAGAGCAGCUGGCUCAGAGCAGUGCCCUGGCACAGAGAGUGCUCACCAAAAUUAGUGGACAUGAGGGUGCCGAGAACCACAAUGAAAAAACAGGCCAUGACCUGCUUGCCUUCAGGCUGAAUAAGGAGCUACAGCAGAAAGAUAAACUAAUUGAGUCACUCCACACCAAGCUCCAGCAGCGUCCUGAGACUCCAUCGAGCUGCCACGCCCUCUCUGAGACCACCGACCAAUCAGACAGGACCUCCUUGGUGUCUGAUGAGUACCAAAGCAAUGAAGACUUGGAGCUGUGCUCGGAGAUGGUAACCACAGAGUUUCAGGAGGAGCAGCGGCUGCGGCAGCAAGGGCAUGCAUCAGAAUCUGCCGUCUGUCCAUCUCUACCACCUCUUCGUGGCCUCCUCAAGGCUUCCAACAGCUGUCCCAGUAUGCUUUGCUCAGCCACUGUAGGUCUGAAUACUCCUACAGGUAGAGCCCCUUUCAGUGCACCCAUCUCCUCCCUCUCUGUAUCCUCUGGCCCUGACGUCUGGGGUUAUGAAGUCAUUUCUGACCCCCGGCCCAGGGCCCUGUCUGUUGCCGGUGUUUGCCCAGAGCUGGACAUGCUCUACAAUCAGAUGCAUGAGCAGAACAGGGGCUUUCCAGUUCCCCAGGACAAGACCCGGUUUGGUCUUUCACCCAGCCCUCAUAACCAGCAUGACCUCUCAAGCUACAACCAGCUAUCCCCUCAUGCCUUUCAACACUACCAGCUUGGUGGCAUCCCUGAGGACCACUCCAUUAAAUCUGACUCAGGUCUUGUAAGAGGAAGGUCUCUGUGGGACAUGGACAGCGUAGUUCAGCCAGCUGGGGCCCUUUCUGGAAACCAGACGUCAAGCAGCCAAACAGGAGUAAAUUUGAUCGAGGAGCACCUUCAGGAGGUGAGAUGUCUUCGUCAGCGCUUGGAGGAGUCCAUUAGGACCAAUGAGCAGCUUAGACAGCAGCUGGAACAGAAACUCGCCUCCACUGGGCGGGAUGGAGGAGCACCAACAAACAUCUAUAUUCAGGGCCUGGACACAGUGACCCAACUUUCUAAUGAAAUCAGGGUCCUGAAAGAGGAAAAUCUUAGUCUACAGUCUCGUCUGCAGGCCAGCACAGACACCAAUGAGGAGGUGGUGCAACUGCAGGAGGCUGUCUUUGCAGCCAGAACCCGCUUGAAGCAGGCCGAGCUGGAGGCACAGCAGUGGAAGGAGGAGCUGAGACGUCUUCAUGCUCACACUCAGGAGCAGGGACAGCAGAUUCAUGCUCUGAGGCAGGAGCGACAGGCCAACCAGGACAAAACCAACAGGCUACAGCAUGAGAUGUCCCUGCUGCAACAGCAGAUGAGUGAGAGCAGAGAGCUGAUCCACUCGCUGCAGAAUGAACUGCAUGUUUACGAUCGCGUGUGUUUCAGCACCAAAGCCAACAAAGGGUAUCUGGUUGAGGUCGCAGGUUUCCCAGUGGAGCUGGGGGAGUUGCUGGGGGAGGUCAGGAGUCUGCGGGCCCAGCUCCAGAGCAGCGUCCAGGAAAACAGUGCUCUAAAGCAGCUGGAGCUCCACAAGCAGCUGGAGCAAAAGUUAGGUGUUGGGUCACCCAGAGCUCCAUCUCUGUCUGCGCUCACCGCCAGCCCUCAGAGGGAAACCUUCUACAGACGACAGCUGCUACACGACCCAGCACCGUCUCCACCAGUCAGGGACAUUGGUCUGUUUAACUGUGGAUCACCUGGUCUCCCCUAUUCAGACCUGGAUGACAGCCAUAGCCCAACCAAUGUAGACCCUCUUGACCCACACUCAGAACUAGAAGGGGAAGCACCUGAUGGAUCAUUUGCAAACCGUAACGGUCGCCACGCCAUUGGCCACGUUGAUGACUUCAGCGCUCUACAGCAGCAAGUCCUAGAGGGCCGGAGCCUCAUUCAGCGCAUGGAGACAACAUUGCAGGCCUGCCUCGGCCCACCGCUGCUUGAGGGCAAGCAGAAAGAGGGCAGCGAGCUGGUUGUGGACUAUGGAUGUGUAAAGAGUCUUUUGUCCAACACCAAGACUCUGAGGCAGAUCUUGGAGGAGGCAAUGUCUCUGCUGAAGAUGUUCUGGAGAGCAGCUCUUCCUAACACAGAUCACUCCACACAAAACCUUAAGAAGGAGCAGUGCCUGAAGGAGGAGAUUUUGUCCUUGAAGCUGCGUAUAUCUGAGCAGGAAGAAGUUCUCAAAGGGACAGUACAAAGACUGAGGAGCACCAGCCGCACCAAGGAAAGCAUGGAGCACUUCAUCGUCAACCAGUUAUCCCGAACUCGUGAUGUGCUGAAAAAAGCUAGGACGAAUUUAGAGAAGAACGAGCUGAGACUCUCCUCUCUAAGCUCCUCCCCCUUCUCUCCUCCUGCUGCUGAGGACCCUGGAGGUGCUGCCAGAGCACAGCCUCCUGAUCGCAGUGUCCUGAGGAGCAACGGCUUUCCUGGAGUCACCGGAGCAGAAGCUAAUCAGUGUCUGGCAACAAGGAAGCGCAGCAGCCAGUGUCUGCUUUAGACUUUCAAAGUACCAACCUAAGUGCUCCCAUCUCUGACCUCUAUGCUUAAACAGAUCCCCCUCCUUCAUCCUGUACGCCAGCCUAACCGUUCAGCCACCGCUUCUCUCCUUUGGACAAUACAGUCACAGUAUAAGCUGCACAUUGAGCCUCCCUUCACUCCCCUCCACCUCACUCAUUGUCUUUGAGUUUGGCUUGCCGUGUGUAAGACUACGGGGCUGAUUGAAAAGUGCUUCUGAUGGUUUCAGGGAUGUGUGUCCUACUGACCGAAGUGUCUGAAGUUGCCUUUAGCUCUGGUUCUGUGAUUGCACACAUUUAUAGUGGUUUUCAAAAGUAUUUCAGGUACAGAUGCUUCUUUCAUCUGCACCCACACAGAGCCAGACAGCCUGUAGACAAAGAAGGUUUGAGCAUGUUUAAAAUGGCUUUUGAGAAAUGUUCUGCACACAGAUGCAUACACAUACAGUCAUAUCUAUUUGUGUGUGAUUGAAACAGCUCACUCAAAGACAAAUGUAUUUCCUCUAAAACUGCCACUGAAAUGCAACUCUCCUCCUUGUGGCGCUAACACAAAAUGUUUGGCAAAUGCAACACAAAGAAAAGUGACAUUAACGAUCUCUCAUAAGACAUGCUAGAGGAAUGUGUUGUAGUUAGGCUGUGUGCUAGACAAGAUUAUUUGUUGUUGAGUGAUGCUACUGCAAAGUCCAAUGCCUCCUUUUUUUAUAUCCUCAAAGUUAACAAAAUCAAAAAAUCUGCGAGCUGGGUGUACCGGAGGAACCAGGCCCAACACAUAUACUCACUCCCCAGUGAGGCUUCUCGUACGAGCAUGUGCAAUAAGUAAUUAUGCUGCACUGGAUCAUAGUUCACAGUGCUUCUCAUGGUUUAGACACAACCAGUGUCGUGAUUGUAUUUAUUUCAUGAGUGAUGACGCAUGACAGAGAUUGUGUACAUGAAAAUCUAAGCAUUGGAACGGUUACUUGCCAAAGUUUAGCUCAAACUUUUCACUUGCCUCGUCCACAUGAAUGAGAAAACCUGUUAUAUCAGCCGCAUCGAUACUAAGCUGUCUUGCUUCCUUUUAACCACAGAGACAGUAACCGUUAGACACCUGGUACGUAUUUAAAACAUUUGUUUGGACCAACACUCCAGUAGAUUUUUCAGUCAAGGCUAUUUGUUAUUGUCUCCUAAUGUUAUUUGUAGAAUCCCCAGAGCAAUAGCAAAAAUAAUAAAUUCUUACAAAUGAUGCAAACUUUGGCAGGCUGUCAGUUAGGGUCAUUUUCUAUUACUUAUCGCCUAAAAAAGCUCAUAUUUACUUUUGCUUUAAUGUAUUUUUUUGCUGUACAUGAUGCCAUUUUGUGCUGUAAAUAGCAACUUUGUGUGCAUGUGUGGGUAUAUGUGUGAAAACAUCCAACAUUUGCUUUUUUGCAAAGUUGAUUAUCUGGGUACCUGUGCAAUAGCUUGUUUUGGUUUAUUUUGAUGUUAAACAUCAUUACGGUGUGUGUGUGUGUGUGGGUGGGUGUGUGUGUGUUUGCUACUCACCUGCAGUGUACGAUUUGUAUGCGAUGUGUAUUAGAAGAUUAAGCCACUUUGAAUUAAAUAAUUGCAUAGGCUUAUACUUGAUAAGUAAUCGCUAACUAUGUCUUCAACAUAUGUAACACUGAUCAUGUAUCACCUAUUAUAAAGCUCAGAUUAAUGUUGCUUCGCUUGCCUUUAACCUUAGCCUGAGAGUUUACUCUCAGAGGUAGAAAUGGCCUUGACCAAGCGUCUACUUGAUUUCUGUUGAAGUGGGUUUUGUUCAUGCUCAAGUUUUCAGGAAAAAAAAGACAAAAGUUGCCAAGUAUUUCAAAGUUAAAGGGAAAGAUUUUGAAGAAUUGUGUUUUUAACUAUGUCUCCUGAAAUGAUUGUGAAACAUUAAAUCAGCAGAGUACCUUGUCAAAGUGUAAACAAAGCCUCUUCUUGCUUUUUGCUAAUGAGAAGGGAACCAAACAGUGGAUAGUUGUUGGUAUUGAAUUGCAUAUGUAUAUAGUGCUAUGUGAAUGGUGCAGGUUUAUCCUGAGGUUGUGCUUCUUGAACUAAAUUGGCCGAUGCAGGACUCUGAUGUAUCCUGUGUCUGAGCAGGUGUUUAAUGUCAUUGAAAAAGUUUUGGCAAUGAUGAACUGCGAGAAAGAAUGAAUAAAACACUGAAAAUGUG